AUGGCUAUGCAGUUAUGGACUCCAAUGCGGAUGUUUGUAGCUAUGACUUCAGAAGUAAAGAGAUUAUUUCAAGAGUCAGGGGGCUUGAACAUGUGGGGAGAGGGUGAGGUUGGUACAGAGCGCGGCGCGGGUUCUGAUCAGUUGCUCCUGGGGUUACGGUGCCUCAGAGUUGAUGUGGAAAAGUUUAGUAGUGGGACAUGUCUUUUCUUCCAUCUUCCUUUUGGCUGUGAAUUCAGAAUGAGAAGAAUUGUGUUCAGUGGUGUCUUUCUCUUAAUCUGCCUCUUAAAUGGGAUUCUCUCUACUUCGCCCCCAACCACUGCAGUACAAAAAGAUGAAGUCAAAAGUGUGAUUUGCCGAGCCUGCAAUCUUUCACUCCCGUUCCACGGAUGUCUCCUAGACUUCGGGACCUGCAAAACUAAACCUGGCCAGUUCUGUAUACAAGAGAUCCACACGAAACUUGGCAUUCAGUGGUAUUCCGUGAAGAGCUGCACAAUGAACCACAGUGAGUGUUUCCGGAGAAUUGUGACGACUUAUGAAGUCCACUCAACUCACUGCUGCCAUAAACCUUUCUGCAAUUUCUGA